AUGUCAAUCACAUUUUCGGCCAUCAUCGACAAGAUCCGCGGCAUGGCGGCGGCGAACGGCUCGGCCGUGUCGUAUCUCCCGGCCGAGCACCCUGCUAACCUCUUGGACCUGCUCGCCAACCCAAAGGGCCCGAGUCUGGAGAGCGCCUUCCUUCGCGACGGGGACGUCGGUGCCGGCGAUCCUGCUGCACCCGCUGAGCCGGGGCACGGCGCAGCUCAACUUGUCAAACCCGCUGGGCUGCCGGUGCUCGACUACCGCACGGCGUCGAGCCCGGUCGAUCUGGACCUGCACCUGGCCCACAUCAGGUACCUGGGGCGCAUGGCAGGGACGGCGGCGAUGCGGCGGCUCGGCGCGGUCGAGACACAGCCCGGCGGUACGCUGCUUCGGCCGACGCGGACGAGACACAGCCCGGCGGACCAGAUGGUCGUCUCGUACAUGCACCCGUGCUGCACGGCGGCCAUGUUGCCCAAGGGCAAGGGUGGCGUCGUCGGGACUGACCUGCGCGUGUACGGGGCCGACGGACUGCGCGUCGUUGACGCUAGCGUCUUUCCAGUCCUGCCGAGCGCCCAUCUCAGCGCCGCGGCUUAUGCGGUGGCCGAGAAGGCUGCGGAUAUCAUCAUCAGACACUGGUCCGGCUAG